AGAAACAAGAGGAAUUCUUUCAUUAGUAAUUCACUAAAGGGACCUAUAGUGCGCGUUCUGAUAUCGGAUACGCGGAUCCGUGCGCGCCUCACUACCUGUUUUAGACUGGGGUUGGAUACAGGAGGCGUUGCCAGCAGAAGCAGCGGUGUGUGUGUGCGCGCGCGGGUCUCUUCUAGUAAUCACAAAGCUAGGAGCGAAGAGGUGCGUCGUUGGAGCGCAGUUAGUUUAGAUUGAUUGAGAGGAAAGACACAGCAUCUUUCAAACUGAAGAUUUGGGAUGAGGAAGGAGCGAAGGGAAUGCAGGAGUUUAUAAAGACACGUGCGCUCUGAAGCUGAUAUUCAUUAAGUGUUUUUUGAAGUGAUUGGGAUGUGAGGUUAACUGGGGAGGCUGUUACGCACGGUUAAGUUAGCUAAGUUUCUUGUCAUUUAGCGCAAAUGCUGGAAUGCCUCGUAGUGGUGUUAAUUGUGAUCCUGGUGGUCUUCAUCUGGCCAGGUUCCGCGUAUUUUUACACCGAGGGACAAACGGAUGCGCUGUUAGAGGGGCUUUCACACACAGAGGAUAGGAACUCGGAUGCCAAAAACCAUAGCUUUACGCACGACAAACAUGACGUUACAACAGACUCCGUGGCGUUCAUUUGCAAACCGUCAGCUUUGGCCAACUACCUGCUGAAACACUGCAGAAGUUUUAGUGACUAUUCUCCGUGUGUGGGCUGGCCGUGGAGGGCGAGCGCCGUGCUCCAGAGCGCGUACGAGGCGUGCUGGCCGUACUACAGCGCGGUCCAGUUCGUGCGGGAUAACCUGCAGCUGAGCGACGAGGGAUUGGUGGCACUGGACUGGGCUGUGCCAUCACACCAGAGAAGACGCAGAACAUCCAGCCACUCCUCCAGUCCAGUGCUGCUCAUUGUGCCCAAUUCGUUCGGGAGGAUCACGAGAAAUGUGCAAAAGUUAUGUGAAACAGCCUUGUUCCAUGGCUAUCUCCCAGUCGUUUUCAAUCGCCGUGGCCAUAAUGGGACCCCUCUGACCUCAGUCAAACUCCAGCAGUUCGGUGACCCCUCUGACCUCCGGGAGGCAGUGCGCUACAUUCGUUACCGGCAGCCAGCGGGACGACUGUAUGCAGUGAGCGAGAGCACGGGGGCGGGGCUUCUGCUGUCCUAUCUGGGAGAGUGCGGUUCGUCCAGCUACGUGACCGCGGCCGUGUGCCUGUCUCCGGUGUUCCGCUGCCAGAACUGGUUUGACAAAGGGCUGUGGUGGCCGCUGCAAUGGGGCAUAACGCUGUACCAGAAGUUUAGCCUCUGCAGGUACCGGAGUGCACUGGGCCAGAUCAUCCAGACUGAACAUUUGUUUUCGAAGUCCACCUUAAGGGGUAUAGAGGAGGCUCUAUUUUGUCACAACUCAACAAUAGCACCACCUACAGGAAGCAGCCUUUCAUGGGACGCAUACUGGGAACACAAUGAACCUUUAAGAGAUGUUGACGAGGUUGCUAUCCCAGUAUUGAGCAUAUGCGCGAAGGACGACCCGAUUCGAGGUGACACUAAGUCUACCAUCCCGUUGGAACUCUUCGAGACAAAUCCGCAUUUUUUCCUGCUUUUGACCGAUCGUGGUGGCCAUUGCGCCUUCUCUACCAUAUCUCCCACUACAUGCAGGGAUGUGACCCCGAAUAACUGUGGAGCUGACAAGCAAGAGAUCAACUGGAGUCACAAAACUAUGCUAGAAUUCUUCAGAGCUAGCACAGACUUCUUUGCCGUAGAGGAGAGAUCUAAACAGCUAGCUGCAAGGCGGAGGGGGUUAGGUGGGGUCGGCAGAGGUAGGGCGUUCCGCAAUCGUAGUAUUAGCACGUGUAAGCGGGUGCCAGCCUGUUCUCAUAAUAUUCAUGCUAUUUACAAUUGGCAGAGGUCCUAUACACGAUGACGAAGACUGAAUCCAAGCAAAUGUAAUUAACGUAAUGAAUGUAAUGAACUUGUUUUGUUUUGCUGUUAUUUGGCUUGCAUUUUUCAGGUCAGCACUACUUAAUGGGCUGUGUUCAAUAUGCAUUAAGAGAUUAGUUUUCUAUGCACAAAUUAUGGUCCUGUAAAUUAUAUUAUUGUGAAGACAGUAACAACACAAUUAUAGAUUAUAUUUUCAUGCAACAGCCAAUAAAGUGCAACAGUUUUGAUUUGAUUUAAUAUGGAUGUUAUUGGAUGAAUUAACAAUUUCUGAUGCAAAAUAAAAAGAUCCAGUCCAUUUAUAAACUCAUUAAAAAGUUACUGUUAAAUUGUGUGUCAACAUGUACUGCAGUCUGUAAUGUAAUGUCAUGUAUAUUUAUUUUCUGUCUCAGCUUUUGGAGGUGCAUAGAUGACACAAUUUCUCUGUUUAUUAAGCACUGUUCAACUAAUAUGCUCUAAUAUGUUCAAUUUACUCUUUUGUUAAUAUUUUAAGAUACCAAUAUAAUGUGUUUUCUGGCAUUGUUUAUGCCCAUUCUUGUAAAAUAAAAAAAAGGUUAUGGCUAGGCUAAGGCUAGGUUGUUUUUUAGCUUUUGUUCUCUUUUAACAUUAACUUUUGUUUUGUUGUAUUAAUUAGUUUGUAUUAAUUGUAAACUAUUAGGUUUGGCUUACUAAAGAUUGUAAAUAAAGGGAAAUCAUUUUUA